AUGGCGUUUACUUGGAACACCUUCAAUGAAACUCAGGCUGAACUGGCAAGGAUCCUUGGGGUUCGAGUGGUGGCCAAACACGAGAAAUAUUUAGGACUCCCCACCCUCGUGGGACGUUCCAAGAGGGAGGUCUUUCAAUCCAUUAAGGAUAAAGUAUGGGCAAGGUUACAAAGGUGGAGAUACAAGAAUCUAUCACAAGCUAGUAAGUUGGUUUUGCUCAAAUCUGUUGUGCAGACCUUACCUCGUUUUGUGAUGAAUUGUUUCCUCGUUCCAACUAUCAUUUGCUGUGAGUUUGAAGGUAUGAUGGCUGAUUUUUUGUGGCAUAAUAAAGAAGCUAGGAGGGUGCAUUGGAUUUCAUGGGAUAAGUUACGUGUGAGGAAAGAAGAGGGUGGACUUGGUUUGUGGAAGCUGGGGGCUUUUAACCAAGCUAUGUUAGCUAAGCAAUUGUGGAGAAUUAUAUCAAACCCGAAUGCCCUGCUUUGCCGAAUACUCAAGGACAAGUACUUCCCACACACGGAUGUGGAUCCCUCGUCCAUGGAUGUUCCAGGAAAUCACUGCUUCGAAUCUCUUCAUGAGGAUGCUACAGUAGAUAGGUUGCUGGAUGCCACAGGGGAAUGGAACGAGAUAUUAAUUUGUGAGGUAUUCGGAUCGGAGGAUGCGGGUGUUAUCUUGGGGAUUGCCAGAUCCGAAGGUAGCCCGAAUCAGCUCUGGUUGCAUUUCGAAAAGAACGAGAUAUAUUCGGUUCGGAGGGCGUAUCGUCUUAUCUGGGACGAGGUUGUUCCUAACUUGCAGAUUAGCCGUACUGGUUUGAAAACUUAUAAAAGUGAGGGUUGGGAUUUUAUUUGGUAUGUCAUUACUCCUCCGAAGGUUCGGUUAUUCGCUUGGCGAGUGUGCCGCAAUGCUCUCCCUACUACUUCCAAUCUUGCAAGUGGUCGAUUGAUCAUUGACGGCAUCUGCCCGUGGUGUGGCGACGAGGGUGAGGAUCUACUCCAUAUUCUUCUGCGUUGUCACUUUGUUCGGCUCAUAUGGAUUAUGUCCUGCCUCUGUUGGACAUCAAUUUCCUUUCGGAGGGCUGAUUUCGUGGAAUGUUUCGAUGACCGGGAUUUUAUUACAUUAUAUUUAUAG